AUGUGUGGGAAAGACCGCGUAGAGUUAAAGCUACAGAAAAAAGAUCCAACGGUAAAGAAAGCUGCGUUACAAUUGCAGAACCAUCGAAAUAAGAAGGCUCUACCUAACCAGCAAACCGUAGAUUACCCUAGCUUCAAGCUCCUCCUUGUUGGUGAUGGAGGCACAGGAAAAACAACUUUUGUCAAGAGACAUCUUACUGGAGAGUUUGAGAAGAAGUAUGAACCUACGAUUGGUGUGGAGGUUCAUCCUCUAGAUUUCUUCACAAACCGUGGUAUGAUCCGUUUCUACUGCUGGGAUACUGCUGGUCAAGAGAAGCUCGGUGGCCUUAGGGAUGGUUACUACGUCCAUAGCCAGUGUGCUGUUAUCAUGUUCGAUGUGACAUCACGGGAAACAUACAAGAGUGUUCCACAGAAGCACGUGGACAUCUGCCGUGUGUGUGGGGACAUCCCUAUUGUUUUAUGUGGGAACAAAGUUGAUGUGAAGAACAGGCAAGUGAAGGCGAAGCAGGUGACUUUCCAUAGGAAGAAGAAUCUUCAAUACUAUGAGAUAUCUGCCAAGAGUAACUACAACUUUGAGAAGCCUUUCUUGUACUUGGCUAGGAAGCUUGCUGGUGACCAGAAUCUUCACUUUGUUGAGUUACCAGCUCUUCUUCCACCGGAAGUUCACAUUGACGUUGCUGAGCAGCAGAAGAAUGAGGCUGAGCUCAUUGCCGCAGCUACUCAGCCUCUCCCUGAUGGUGAUGACGAUGCUUUUUAG